AUGGAGAGGGUGCGGGUUGGGCGGAAGGAGAAGCGCGGGGAGGAGGGGAGGCGCGGGGGUCGCGCGGAGAGCGAGGAGCGGGAGGAGCGUGAUAAGGGGACGGCGGGAGGGGCAGGGAGAGCGAGAGGGGACGAGGAAGGGAUGACGUGGAUGGGAGGCGAAGGGAGAGAGAGGAUGAUGGUGGCAGGGAUAGGCGAUGGGAUGGCGAGAUGGAGAGGGAGAGGGAGCGAGACGGCAGGAGGGGGAGGGGCAGGUCGGGCCGGCACAGGCGGGGAGGGUCCGAUUCGGAUGGGAGUGAGAGCAGCGGCGAGUGGGAGAGGGAGCGAGAGAGGGAGGGGGGGGGGGGUAAGGGGGAGAGGAAGGGAAGAUAGGCACAGGAGGCAUGAGGAAGGCAGGCGAGAGGAGGGGCGGCGAGAGAGGGGGAGGGGCGAGUGGGAGGGAGAGGAGAGGCGGGGCGACGGGCGGGGGGCUCCCGUGCGCGCACCCAAUGCUGAUGCUGCCGCCACUCCUGCCCCCGCCGCUGCUGCCGCUGCUGGCGGAGCAGCAGGCCCAGGCGCAGGUCCGGCAGCAGGCAAGGCAGCAGCAGCGCGGGACACAGGGCGCACGGGAGGCGCGUACAUCCCGCCGUUCAAGCUGGCGCGCAUGCUGCAGGAGGUGAACGACCGCAGCAGCGCGGAGUACCAGCGCCUCACGUGGGACGCGCUGCGCAAGUCCAUCAACGGGCUGGUCAACAAAGUCAACGCCAGCAACAUCAAGAACAUCAUUCCCGAGCUCUUUGCGGAGAACCUGGUGCGCGGCAGGGGGCUGCUGUGCCGCGCGUGCAUCAAGUGGCAGAUGGCCAGCCCCACGUUCACUCACGUGUUUGCGGCGCUGGUGGCGGUGGUGAAUACCAAGUUCCCCGAGCUGGGCGAGCUGCUGCUCAAGAGGAUCAUCCUGCAGUUCAGGAGGGCCUUCCGGCGCAAUGACAAGCCGGUGCUGGUGGCGGCGUGUCGCUUCCUGGCCCACCUGGUCAACCAACAGGUGGCCCACGAGCCGGUGCUGGUGGCAGCAUGUCGCUUCCUCGCGCACCUCUGCAACCAGCAGGUGGCUCACGAGAUCGUGGCACUCGAGCUGCUCACACUGCUGCUGGAGACGCCCACGGAUGAUAGUGUGGAGGUGAGGGCUGGGCUGGGGGAGGUGGCAGUGAGCUUCGUGAAGGAGUGUGGCGCCAUGCUGCAGGACCUCUCGCCCCAGGGCCUUCACAGCAUAUUCGAGCGCUUCCGCGGCAUCCUGCACGAGGGGGAGAUCGACAAGCGCGUGCAGUUCACCAUCGAGGGGCUCUUCGCGAUUCGCAAGGCCAAGUUCGAGUUCACCAUUGAGGGGCUCUUCGCGAUUCGCAAGGCCAAGUUCGAGCUCACCAUCGAAGGUCUCUUUGCCAUCCGCAACGCCAAGUUCGAGGGCUUGCCCGCAGUGCUGCCCUGCCCAGGUGGGGGAGGGGGAUCAGAUCUUGCACGAGCUCUCAACAUCACACGCGCACCCUGCUGGCCUCAUGCUCACGUCUUCACACCCCUCCCGAUGCUCGUCUCUCCCCCUCCCGAUGCUCGUCUCUCCCCCUCCCGAUGCUCGUCUCUCCCCCUCCCGAUGCUCGUCUCUCCCCCUCCCGAUGCUCGUCUCUCCCCCUCCCAGGGCUUCCCAGCGCGGCUCCCCGAGCUUGACCUGAUAGAGGAGGAGGGUCGGAUCACCACGAGCUCUCAAUCUCUCCCCUGCUCACUUCAUGCACACGUCUUCCCGUCCCUCCCUCCCAUGUCUCUUACCCUCUCCACGGCCUCCCAUGUCUCUUACCCUCUCCACGGCCUCCCAUGUCUCUUACCCCAAUCUCUCCCCCUGCUGACUUCAUGCACUCCUCUUCCCGGCUUCCCAGCAGUGCUGCCCGAGCUGGAUCUGGUGGAGGAGGAUCAAAUCAAAUCACGCACAAGCUGGCAAUCACUCCACCCACCUGGCUUCAUGCUCACCUCGUAUCGUGAUUCCCCACCCACCGUGUUCCGUCCCCCCUUUCUUCAGGGCUUCCCAGCAGUGCUCCCCGAGCUGGAUCUGGUGGAGGAGGAGGAUCAGAUCACGCACGAGCUGUCGCUGGAGGAGCCUUAUGACCCCGAGACUUCACUUGGGCGGACGCGACCACCGCGGCGCAUUCCGCCGACGAGGGCGGACGCGACCACCGCGGCGGAUUCCGCCUACGAGGGCGGACGCAACCACCGCGGCGGAUUCCGCCUACCAGGGCGGACGCGACCACCGCGGCGCAUUCCGCCGACGAGGGCGGACGCGACCACCGCGGCGCAUUCCGCCGACGAGGGCGGACGCGACCACCGCGGCGGAUUUCCGCUGACGGACGCGCUACCGCGGGUGACGAGGCGCAUCCGCGGACGGACGCGCACCUACGGGCGACGAGGCGCAUCCGCGGACGGACGCGCACCCACGGGCGACGAGGCGCAUCAGCGGACGGACGCGCACCCGCGGGCGACGAGGCGCAUCCGCGGACGGACGCGCACCCGCGGGCGACGAGGCGCAUCCGCGGACGGACGCGCACCCGCGGGCGACGAGGCGCAUCCGCGGACAGACGCGCACCCGCGGGCGACGAAGCGCAUCCGCGGACGGACGCGCACCCGCGGGCGACGAAGCGCAUCCGCGGGCGACGAGGCGCAUCCGCGGACGGACGCGCACCCGCGGGCGACGAGGCGCAUCCGUGGGCGGACGCACACCCGCGAGCGACGAGGCGCAUCCGCGGACGGACGCGCACCCGCGAACGGACGCGCACCCGCGGGCCACGAGGCGCAAUCACGGGCGACACAAACGCAGCUGCGAGUAACCCGGCGCCACCAUACGUUACGUGACCGCACCACCCUUCCAAGUGGUGUCGUCCUCUUUGACCGCACCCGCCCUCAAGCCGUUCAUGAUGACAACCCGGAUCGCUGGGGGGCCAACCUGAACAUUUACAACAGGCUUCGCGACACUUACACCCUCCAGCGUGAGGCGCACCGUGUUGCGGAAGCAGCACACGCUGAUGCUACUGCACGCCUCCUCUACUACGCUCAACACGAAAAAGACUAUGCUGAGGAGCUUCGCAAGAUCCACAAGGAUGUUGCAGCAUGGCGCAUUGCUGAUCGUCGUGCACUCGCCAUCAUCUUCUCCUGCAUCCCCUCCCACCUCAAACGCGACCUUCGUCCCACCUCCUCCUCUGGACUCUGGAAAACCCUCUCUACUCAGUACGAUCGUCAGGACCUUCGCUCCCUCCUCGCCCUCUUCCGCAAAUUCCAAGACAUCACCCUUGACUCCUCCCCCACUGCUGCUGCCUACACCCGUCGCCUCAUUGACACUGCGCAACGCCUCAAUGACCGCGGCAUUGUCAUCUCUGAGUCCCUUCUUACUGCACGCAUCCUUGACUGCCUCCCUCCCACAUAUGACACCUACCGCAUCACCUUCACCUCUCGCUACCGUCAUCCUCCUCCUGUGGCUGACACCAUCGAGUGGCUCCUUGACAGCGAAGCGGACAUUCAACCCAUGCUCUCAGACCACUCACACCACGGACACGUGCUUCAAAGCCCUCACGGACGAGUGGUUUGCACGUGGUAA